ACAAGCGCGGUGGUAUAAAGGUGUGGUAGGUAAAUCAGUUGUGUAUAGAUUGUCAUGAUUUUGUUAAUAAUACUUUUUGUCUAUUGUUUCUCGAAUGGCACUAACUGCCUAGACCUGGAUCCUAGAAUAAUAGGAGGCACUGAAGUCAAAAACAGAUCAGAAUUUGCUUACCAGGCUCUUCUUCUUUAUAAAGACGUACCAAUUUGCGGAGGAACGAUAAUAGAUGAAAAACAUGUAGUCACGGCAGCUCACUGCUGCUUGCCACAAAGCAACUUGCAAGUAAAGCCUUCCGAAUUAUCUAUAGCUGUUGGCAAUUCUUUGUUUAAUGAUAGAACUAAUGUAAAAGAAGUAACUGCAAUAAUCACUCACGAGGAAUAUAGUCCGGAUGAAAUUAUCAAUGACAUUGCUUUACUAAGAAUUUCAGGGGUUUUCGAAAAUACGGAAAACGUCAGUUCAAUAAGUUUAGCAAGCGGUAAUGUCACCAGUGGUACUUUAUGUAGGGUGUCCGGUUGGGGUACCACAUCAGUUUAUGUUCAAGUGAUGAGCUUAAAGUUACUGUAUGCGGAGGUACCAGUUAUUGAUUGGAAUAUUUGCAAUGAUGCUUAUACUCUUGCAAGUGCUCCUAUUGGAAAAAAUGUAAUUUGCGCUGGAACUGUUGGAAAGGAUUCGUGUUACGGUGAUUCUGGUGGUCCAUUAGUAUGUUCUGGUAAGCUUACAGGAAUUGUAUCUUAUGGUAUUGGAUGUGCUCAACAAAAUUAUCCUGGAGUGUAUACUGAGGUGGCGAAAUAUACAGAAUGGAUUGAAAGUUCUAAAGUUAAGUCAUCUGCUGUCAAAAAUAGCCUAGGGUUCUUUAUAAUUUGUACGUUGCUUAUCAAUAUAUGCAAUGGCUUGUUAGAUAAAAAAUAUUUAUGCAGACGGAUUCAUCCAGAAUUGAUUACUACCAUACUGACGGUCAUAAUGUUACGACCAAUUUUGAUCUUGAGUUGUAUAUUGUUUAGUAAUGGAGCGGGACUUAGUACAACGAAAGGUCCAAGAAUUAUUGGUGGAACAGAAGUGACAGACAGAUCUCAGUUUGCUUAUCAGGUCGUACUUUUCGUGGAAAAUCUUCCUUCUUGUGGUGGUUCUAUAAUAAGCACUUUUCACGUUUUGACUGCUGCACAUUGUUGUCUCCGUCCUGGAGGGGUUCAAAUACCACCCUCCGAUAUCUUUGUUGCUGUUGGAAAUAUAGAUUUAUAUGAUCGCACAAUACGACGAGAUGUAUACGAUACUUAUGUACACGAGGAGUUUAAUGAAACGACAUUUAUUAACGACAUAGCUGUGUUAAGCAUACUCGGUGGUUUUGCAGCUUGGACUGAUACCGUGCGACUAAUUAAUUUAAAAACAGAUGAAACACUUUUUGGAAACUGUGUUGUAUCUGGAUGGGGAACAACGUCUCCUGGAGGAAGUGCAAUGAACUAUAAACUUAUGUACGUAGAAGUGCCUAUAGUCAAUUGGAAUACUUGCAACGAAUCAUAUUUCCUUGCAACAGGCAUUCCCAUAGGUGAUAAAAAUAUUUGUGCGGGGAUCGUUGGGAAAGAUGCGUGUCAGGGGGAUUCUGGAGGUCCACUUGUUUGCGAGAGAAAGUUAGCAGGAAUAGUAUCUUCUGGUAUUGGUUGUGCUCAAGAAAACUUUCCUGGAAUGUAUACCGAAGUAGCUAAAUAUGGCGACUGGAUACAGAAUAUCAUGACGCUUCCUACCAUAAAUACUACAACUACCACCACCACUACUACCACUACCAACCCAAACCCACCAACCCUACCACCGAAUACUACACCCUCAUCUGCUGUAAAAAUUCAGACUUUAUCUAUGUUGGCUUUGUCAAUGUUAACACUAGCUACUAGAAUUUUUAUACAAAAUUUAAAUUAGUUAUAAUUUUGAAUUAGUAUCUAUAGAUGUGGAAGUAACUGUAAUCAAAAUUAGAGUAAAUAUGUUAUACUUA